CUUCCCCGGGUGCGCCUCUGCAAAGAGGGAGAAGGGGAGCCCGGCCCUGGCCCCUUUUCCUGGGAGGACGGAGGAGGAGACCCCCAGGAGGCUGGCCCUGGCCCCCUCCGGCCCCGAUCCCUCCCUGGCAGCAGCCAUCUUCGGGGCCUCGCCCUCCCUGCCUCCCUCCGCAGAGGAGCCAUGCGAGGAAGCCAAGGCCAGGGGCAGCAGCACCAGCAGCAGGAGCAGGAGCAGCUCUCCGAAGAAGAGGAUGGCAUCCUGGAGGCCCUGGAGGAGUUUUACCCGGAGGAGCAGCUGAAGAAGAAGAAGAAGCUGAAGAAGCUGAAGGAGAACAAGGCUUCCAAAGUCAAGAGGAAGAAGAAAGAGGGGAGUCUUGAUGAUGAAAUCUCUGAAAACGAAGAAGAACUGGAGCUGGGAGAGAAGUCGGAGAGUGAAGGCAGUGACUACAACCCCAACAAGAAAAAGAAGAAGAAGCUGAAAGAGAAGAAGGAGAAAAAGGCCAAGCGGAAGAAGAAAGAGGAGGAAGAGGAGGAGAACGAAGACGCGGGAUUGAAGGAGCCCAAGACCUCUGCGCAGCUGAUGGAGGAGUGGGGCUUGGAUGACGUUGACUACGCUUUUUCCGAAGAGGACUAUCACAUGUUGACCAACUACAAGGCUUUCAGCCAGUUUCUGAGACCCCUGGUUGCCAAGAGGAACCCCAAAAUCCCCAUGUCCAAGAUGAUGACCGUCUUGGGGGCCAAGUGGAGAGAGUUCAGUGCUAACAACCCUUUCAAAGGCAGCUCUGCUGCGGCCGCUGCGGCUGCUGUGGCCGCGGCAGUGGAGACGGUCGCCAUUGCGCCAGCCCCGAUGUCUGACGGCCCCCCGCAACUUCUGCCCCUCCUGCCACCGCAGCCGCUACUUCUGCCAUUACUGCCCCCUCCGCCGGCCAUCAGGAAAGCCAAGACCAAGGAGGGCAAAGGUCCCGGCGUCCGGAAGAAGAUCAAGAGCACCAAAGAGAGCAAGAAGAAGGGGAAAGGGGGGAAGAAGACGGGGUCCCUCAAAUUCCGUUUUGGGGGGAUCGCCAACAAGCGGAAAAAAGGGUCUUCGAGCGAGGAGGAAGAACAAGAGGAGUCGGACUUGGACAGUGCCAGCAUCCAUAGCGUCUCUGUCCGCUCCGAGGCCUCCUUUGGUUUGGCCAAGAAGGGAAAGAAGAGGAAGAAGAAAAAGAAAAUCGAAGAAGGCGAUGGAUACGAGACGGACCACCAGGAUUACUGCGAGGUGUGCCAGCAGGGUGGGGAAAUCAUUCUGUGCGACACCUGCCCCCGGGCAUACCACCUUGUCUGCCUGGACCCUGAGAUGGAGAAGGCCCCUGAGGGCAAAUGGAGCUGUCCACACUGCGAGAAAGAGGGCAUCCAGUGGGAGCCGAAAGACGAGGAGGACGAGGAGGAAGACCUUGGCGAGGAGGCGGACGACCACAUGGAGUUCUGCCGGGUCUGCAAAGAUGGCGGGGAGCUCCUUUGCUGCGACACAUGUCCAUCCUCCUAUCACCUCCACUGCCUCAACCCGCCACUGCCGGAAAUCCCAAACGGUGAAUGGCUCUGCCCCCGUUGUACAUGUCCGCCGUUGAAAGGCAAAGUCCAGCGGAUCCUCCACUGGAAAUGGAAGGAGACUCCACCUCCGGCUUUGAUCCCGGAGGAUCCCCAGUUGGUCACUCCACCGCCCCUGAAGCCUCUUCGGGAAGUCCUCCCCGAGCGGGAAUUCUUUGUGAAAUGGGCCGGACUCUCCUACUGGCAUUGCUCCUGGGUCCAAGAGCUGCAGCUGGAGCUUUACCACACUGUGAUGUUCCGGAACUACCAAAGGAAAAACGACAUGGACGAUCCGCCGGCCUUUGACUACGGUUCCGGCGAUGAGGACAGCAAAAUUGAGAAGCGGAAGAACAAGGACCCCGAUUACGCCAAGAUGGAGGAGAGUUUCUAUCGCUACGGGAUCAAGCCCGAGUGGAUGAUGAUUCACCGGAUCCUCAACCACAGCUUCGACAAGAAGGGAGACGUCCAUUACUUGAUCAAGUGGAAGGACCUGCCCUACGACCAAGGCACCUGGGAAGGGGACGAGAUCGACAUCCCUUACUAUGAGAACUUCAAGCAGCUCUACUGGAACCACAGGGAGAUGAUGCUGGGGGAAGAGAGCAUCCAGGUGUCCAAAAGGCUGAGUCCGAAAGAGAAGAAACCAGGCGAGGAGAAAGCCGAGCGUCCACCAGAAACGCCUCUUGUGGAUCCGACGGUAAAAUUCGACAAGCAGCCAUGGUACAUCGACACGACCGGUGGGACGCUGCACCCAUACCAACUGGAAGGGCUGAACUGGCUCCGGUUCUCCUGGGCCCAAGGGACAGACACCAUCCUGGCCGACGAGAUGGGUCUGGGCAAGACCGUCCAGACUAUUGUGUACCUUUAUUCCCUUUACAAAGAGGGCCACUCCAAAGGGCCCUACUUGGUCAGCGCCCCGCUUUCAACCAUCAUCAACUGGGAACGUGAGUUCGAGAUGUGGGCGCCCGACUUCUAUGUGGUCACCUACACCGGGGACAAGGAGAGCCGGUCGGUCAUCCGCGAGAACGAGUUCUCCUUCGAGGACAACGCCAUCCGGAGCGGGAAAAAAGUCUUUCGGAUGAAGAAGGAAGCCCAGAUCAAGUUCCACGUCCUCCUGACCUCCUACGAACUCAUCACCAUCGACCAGGCCAUCCUGGGGUCCAUUGAGUGGGCUUGCUUGGUGGUGGAUGAAGCCCACCGGCUGAAGAACAACCAGUCCAAAUUUUUCAGGGUCCUCAACAGCUACAAGAUCGACUACAAGCUGCUCUUGACCGGGACGCCUCUCCAAAACAACCUGGAGGAGCUUUUCCAUUUGCUCAACUUCCUCACUCCAGAGAGGUUCAACAACCUGGAAGGAUUCCUGGAGGAGUUUGCAGACAUCUCCAAGGAGGACCAGAUCAAGAAGCUCCAUGAUCUCCUGGGGCCUCACAUGCUCCGGCGGCUGAAGGCCGACGUCUUCAAGAACAUGCCAGCCAAGACGGAGCUCAUUGUCCGAGUGGAGCUCAGCCAGAUGCAGAAGAAAUACUACAAGUUAAUCCUGACCAGGAACUUUGAGGCCCUGAAUUCGAAAGGCGGUGGCAGCCAAGUGUCCCUCCUCAACAUCAUGAUGGAUCUGAAGAAGUGUUGCAACCACCCCUACCUUUUCCCGGUGGCCGCUGUGGAAGCCCCGGUUUUGCCAAACGGCUCCUAUGAUGGGAGCUCCCUUGUGAAGUCCUCUGGGAAGCUCAUGCUCUUGCAGAAGAUGAUGAAGAAGCUGCGGGACGGAGGUCACCGGGUGCUCAUAUUCUCCCAGAUGACGAAGAUGCUUGACCUCCUGGAGGAUUUCUUGGAGUACGAAGGCUACAAGUAUGAGCGGAUCGACGGCGGGAUCACGGGAGGACUGCGGCAAGAAGCCAUUGACAGGUUUAAUGCCCCAGGAGCGCAGCAGUUCUGUUUCCUUCUUUCCACCCGUGCCGGCGGUUUGGGCAUCAACCUCGCAACGGCUGACACGGUCAUCAUUUACGAUUCUGACUGGAAUCCUCACAAUGAUAUACAGGCGUUCAGCAGAGCUCACCGCAUCGGCCAGAACAAGAAAGUGAUGAUCUACCGCUUUGUGACGCGGGCCUCCGUCGAGGAGCGCAUCACCCAAGUGGCCAAGCGCAAGAUGAUGCUCACCCACCUGGUGGUGCGCCCGGGUUUGGGUUCAAAGUCUGGCUCCAUGACCAAGCAAGAGCUGGACGACAUCCUCAAGUUUGGGACGGAGGAGCUAUUCAAGGAUGACGUGGAGGCCAUGAUGUCUCAGGCCCAACGGAUUGUCAUGCCGGAGGUGGUGAGCCCUUUUGCGGAGGCAUCGGCUUCGAAAGGAGGAGCAGCGACUCCUGGGUUGAAGAAAAAGCACGGCGGCCCUCCUCCAGGGGACAACAAGGACGUGGAGGACAUCAGCGUGAUCCACUACGACGACGCGGCCAUCUCCAAGCUCUUGGACCGCAACCAGGACGCCAGCGACGACACGGAGCUCCAGAACAUGAACGAGUAUCUCAGCUCUUUUAAAGUGGCCCAGUAUGUUGUGAGAGAAGAGGACGGUGUGGAAGAAGUUGAGCGAGAGAUUAUCAAGCAAGAGGAGAAUGUGGAUCCCGACUAUUGGGAAAAGCUCUUGAGGCAUCACUACGAACAGCAGCAAGAAGAUCUCGCCCGCAACCUCGGGAAAGGGAAGCGCGUCCGGAAGCAGGUCAACUACAACGACGCCUCCCAAGAGGACCAAGAGUGGCAUGACGAGCUUUCGGACAACCAGUCGGAGUACUCCAUUGGCUCCGAAGAUGAGGACGAAGACUUUGAGGAGCGGCCUGAAGGUCAGAGUGGCCGGAGACAAUCCCGGAGGCAACUGAAGAGUGACCGGGACAAGCCCCUUCCUCCAUUGUUGGCAAGAGUUGGCGGGAACAUUGAGGUGCUGGGUUUCAACGCCCGCCAACGGAAAGCCUUCCUGAACGCCAUCAUGAGGUGGGGGAUGCCUCCGCAGGACGCCUUCAACUCCCAUUGGCUGGUGAGGGACCUGCGCGGGAAAAGCGAGAAGGAGUUCAGAGCGUACGUGUCCCUGUUCAUGCGCCAUUUGUGCGAACCGGGCGCGGAUGGCGCUGAGACCUUUGCGGAUGGCGUCCCCCGUGAAGGGCUGUCCCGCCAGCAUGUCCUGACGCGCAUCGGCGUGAUGUCCCUGGUCAGGAAGAAGGUCCAAGAGUUUGAACCUGUGAAUGGGAAAUAUAGCACUCCAGACCUCAUCCCAGAAGGCCUGGAGAUGAAGAAGUCCAGCGAACUGCCCUCUUCGGACCCAAACACUCCCAUUCCGGCCAGUCCAGCUCAUGGUCAAGCGGCCACCAUGACGCAGCCAGUUUCAGACAAAGCAGAAAUGCAGCCAGGGGUUCCUGAGGAUAAGGAGCAAACUGAAUCUUGGACCAAGAAGGAGAACCAGGUGACGGCGAGCGGAGACAAGAUGGAAGAGAAGGAGGAGACCCAAGCGAAAGCGGGUGAGGAGAACGCCGUGGAGGAGGAGGAGGCAGAGAGGACAGACGCCACGCCGGAGAAGCCGGAGCAAGAUCCAACAGAUGAAACCGUCCAGGAGAAUGAGACGUCUGUGGAGAAGCCUGACCAAAGUACCAGUCCUUGCAAAGGUGGUGCGAAAGAAACCAAGCCAGAAGAGGCAAAGGAAGAAGAGAAGGAGCUGACAGAGGUUCAGCAAAAUGGUGAAAAAGAGGACGAGGAAGAUGGGAAGAAGGACGACAAGAGCGGGAUCCGAUUCAUGUUCAACAUUGCGGAUGGGGGCUUCACAGAGCUGCACACGCUUUGGCAGAAUGAGGAGAGGGCAGCCGUCUCCUCGGGGAAGAUCUACGAUAUUUGGCACCGGCGGCAUGAUUACUGGCUCCUGGCGGGCAUCGUCACCCAUGGCUAUGCCCGCUGGCAGGACAUCCAGAACGACCCGCGUUACGUGAUCCUGAAUGAGCCCUUCAAGUCAGAGAUCCACAAGGGCAACUACCUGGAGAUGAAGAACAAGUUCUUGGCUCGGCGUUUCAAGUUGCUGGAGCAGGCGCUGGUCAUCGAGGAGCAACUCCGUCGGGCUGCGUACCUCAACAUGACCCAAGAGCCCAACCACCCAGCCAUGGCCUUGAAUGCCCGCCUGGCCGAAGUGGAGUGCCUUGCUGAGAGCCACCAGCAUCUCUCCAAAGAGUCUCUCGCUGGGAACAAGCCCGCCAAUGCUGUCCUUCAUAAAGUCCUAAACCAGCUGGAAGAGCUCCUGAGUGACAUGAAGGCCGACGUGACGCGGCUCCCCUCCAUGUUGUCCCGCAUCCCGCCCGUUGCCGCUCGCCUCCAAAUGUCCGAGAGGAGCAUUCUCAGCCGCCUGACGAACCGGGGCAGCGACCCCAGCGUCCAGCAGGCUUCCUUUGGUUCCUCCCAGAUCUAUAGCAACAACUUUGGGCCCAAUUUCCGAGGUCCGGGACCCGGGGGGCUCAUAAACUACAGCCAGAUGCCCCUGGGACCUUAUGUGACGGCGAUACCCAACGGGCUGCCUCCAAGCCGGACGGAUAAAAAGACCCCCGAGUCCCCGAAGGACGGCUCGGCCUUGGACUGCGAGGGCCGCCGUCGGCAUCACAACGUCAUCUGCAUCGAAGACUGAAGCCUGGUCUUGGCGACCUUGGCUUGACCGCCGUCAUUAUGAAAAGCGCUUUUUCACCCCUUAAAAAAAAAGAGGACAGACUUCUUUGAGAUGAUGGGAUUUUGUUUCCUUCUGUCUUCUUUCCCCCCUUUGUUUGCACUUUCACACGUUGAAGAGACUUGGAAGAGUUGUGAUGGAUGGAUUGCGAGACGUUUCUUCAGUUGCUGUCCUCCACUGGUUCGCACCAAUACCCAACCGGAUGGGAGGCUGCCAUAGGUGCCAUGUUGGCUAAAGGCCUUGCCAUGCUCCUGGGGAUGGGUGCUAGGCGCCAGGUAUGGUACAUACUCAAGUCUAUGGGCACAGGACAUGCCAUGCCUGGGAGGUUUAGUGCUGCUACUUUGGGGAGGGAUGACUUUGCGAAGGGGAGCCUCUCUGAAUUUUUGGACCCCAAUCUAGACACAUGCAGCAGAUGCAACCCACAUUGACCCAAAAACCCAGAAUCACAACCAAAUCCAGGGGGAUUGUAAACACAGGGCCCUAUCCAGCUAAAGAAGCAUCUUAAACAUUGAUUUCUAUGUGAGCUAAACCUUGGAAACCAGUGGGAUUUUAAGGUUUAACUUCUUGGCUUAACUCCUGUCGAAGGGGAUGGGACUUCAGCAUGCUUCACGUUAUCCUACUCCGAGGAUUUUGGAGAGCCCAUAACUCUACCCACAUCCAAACACCUGUUAAAACCAUGGGUUUUUGGUACCAUAACAUUUAUCAUUUUGGCCCCGACAAGAGAGAAGGUGGUGUUUUUGGGCAGCUGGGUCAUGGAUUGCAAUCUACUGCAACCAUGGAUUGCUGCUUGGAUUGCAACCAUCCAGUAUUUCCUAAGUCUUGAUUGAAUUUUGCCAGAGUUAGAUAGAGAGUUAGAUGGGAAUUCCUUGCCUUUGUGAGUUGCACAUUUCUGUGUGUCCUUUCAAUUCUGCCCCCGUUUGCAAACGCUUGGGAAAAUUAAAACCAGCAGCCCUUAUUUGGGGACCUUCCACCACCAACAUCAUGCAAAAGCCCCUCUCCCGUUGCCAUUAAUAUCUUGAGCAUUGACCAGAGUUGCACAGAGUAUGCUAUGGAAAGGUUAAAAAUACAAAGGCUGCAUCUACACUUUAGAAAUAACGCAGUUUAACACCUCUUAACGUGGCGAAAGAAAAGUGUCUCAAGCUCCUUUGCCUCGUCGCUCCUCGUCCUUUUUUAAUUUGCGGGACAAGCAAAGCAAUGUUCGUUCUUCUCCUACAAAGGACUUUCUGGCACGUCUAUUAUAAAUAUAACCCCUCUGUCUGUGUUUCUCCUUUCUGUGUCCCAUUUUUGUAUUCUGUGGAUGCCAGAAAGGUCUUGCCCCCCCUCCUGUUUUUAAAAUAAUUUUAUGUUUUAAUAAACCGU